CCACAGUACCCUUGCUGUUGUUAGUUACUGGUUCAUGAUGGCAGCAUUUCAUCGAUUGCGGCGACUUGUCGUUGGCGGUGCUGUUGUCGCUGGUGGAGCAACAGCUACAUAUUUAGCAUACAGCCGAACAGAACAUUCAAGCCAACAACUUGCCCAUGUACAAGCAGCGGAAUUAAUGGGCGUUCCGUCCUAUGAACCUCUACCCUCCAGAGAAAAACAGAUGAAAUCCUUAAAGGAGACAGAAUUUGAUGUUUUAGUCAUUGGUGGUGGUGCUACAGGGUGUGGUGUGGCAUUAGAUGCAGCCAGUAGAGGUUUGAAGACUGCCUUAGUGGAUAAAGAUGACUUUGCAUCAGGGACCAGCAGUAGGAGUACUAAAUUAAUCCACGGUGGAGUUCGUUAUUUACAGAAAGCAUUCCUUGGACUAGACUAUGAACAGUAUAAGCUGGUGAAAGAAGCACUGCAUGAGCGAGCCAACCUUCUAGCAAUAGCACCGCAUUUAUCAGGACCCCUGCCAAUCAUGCUACCUGUGUAUAA